AAUACUAUAAACGGACACAUUAACCUUGAUUUUACUGCCUCAUAAAAUCAGUUUCGUUUUGACAUGGAUCUCUAAGAAUAUUUAUGUUCAAAAAUGGAUACAUAUACGAAUACGGCUACUGUUUUAAAUCCUCCAAUUACUACAGGCCAGAUCAAUAUGGUUGUCUCUGGAAACCAAUCUAUGACGGAAGCUGAAGCUAGAUCAUUGUUUUUGUGGAAAAAGAGGUUAUCCUACAAAUCGACCCUUUACUUGUGUCAUCAACACUUCGUAGAAAAUACCCUCGAUUAGAAUAUGUUCAUCAGAUUAUCUACCAUAUUGCACUAACAAAUGACAGAGAAUACGUCUCAGAAUUGUUGAUAAGCAACCUGCCACAAAAUAUUUGCUUACAGGACUUCGUAUUUGUUCUUGAAGAAUGUGGCUAUAUAAGAUUAGCAGCAAAACUGCACCGUUCACUUUUCAAACUAGAUACGGCUACGAGCGUGAAACAUGUACAUAGAUCGACAUCAGGUCAAAGGCCAUUGCUUGGCAAAAUGGUUGAUAAUCUGAAAAAGAUGUUGGAUGAUGCACAGUUCAUUAAUCCUCGGCUUGCAUUAAGCCAAUUAAGUGACAGGUUUAUCCUACAAAUGCAAAAUGAAAGUAAUGAAUAUCGGAGACAACUUCUUGCCGACAAAUGUGUAGCAGUUAUUGGUGCGGAAAUCGAUGCGAUAGCAAUUACAUUUGACAAAGGUCUACGCGAAGGAGACGUUUUCACCAAAAUGAAAAGUCUCACAACCGAAACAAGUAAUACACUACUUACAGAUGGUGUUUAUUUUGGCCGGUUAGCAAAUGCAAAUGCUAUUGCUGGACGUUUCGAAGAAAGCGAAGAUAUGCUCAGAGCUGCUCGUUGUAAGGUAUUCCAUAUUGGUCCUUGCUUUGAACUUUUGUUUAUGUUUUAUAUCGAAGUGCAAGUAAGACUCUAUUGCUUUGAAAAGACGCCAACAUCUGAAGAAAGGCGGGCUCUGUUAAUGUGGGGUAGAAUGGGUCUUGAAUGUGCUGAACAAGAGAAUUUAGACGGUAAAACAAUGUGGAAAAGAUCUUUUAUUUUGAGAAUGUUAUUCUGCUUGCUAGGUCUCGGGAACAGGACAAACGUUAUUGAAAAUUGUCCUGUCGACGAAACAUGCAUUUUAGAAGCAACGAAACUUCUUGCCGAUAUAGAUAGAAACUGGACUGGUAUAGAAACACGAAGAAAAAUGUUUUAUUACGUUUCUAGAGCUAGAAUAGCGGAGUUGACAAAACAGUACCAAGACUGUCUGGACAAUUUACGAUUCUCUAUGAACCUUGCCCUUGAAGGCCAUUUCGACGAAUUUGGAUUCAUUUCAGCUUACUUUGAUAAGGUGAACACUCUAACGCAUCGGAACAGUCAACACACAGACCUCAUUGAAGGGGGAGAACCGAAUACGGAAGUGGUUGAUGAUAUAUUAUUAGAUGAAAAAAGAAAAUAUGCUUUAAUUAAAGGCUCGUCAUUUCACCAACGUUUCAGCAUCCGUACAUUUGAUGAUGACGAAACCAUUCCAAAACUCAGGCUUAACUCUCCAGUAUUAUCGAAUUCAACAUCCAAUGUGGCCCUUCUUCGUCUUCGUUCAGAUGAAGACACACACCCAUCGGUUGAAUGUCGGUUAAGACGUAAAGAAAAUGAAAGCUUUCAAGAAACAAACAGCCAGUCGGUAGACUUCGAGCGAGAGAACGACAUAGUUUUAAUGAAACACAAUAAUCUUUCGUACUCCGGUAACAACAGUAGUUCAGAUACGAGCGUGACAGUAUUCAAACCAGGCGUUUCUGGUAGAGUUUGCAUGGAAAGUAAUAACAUAAAACUCGAUAGCCAUACAGAGCCAAAGGAAAUAUUCUAUAUGCAACAAAUGAACACUAGUUUUAAAAGUGAAAAGGGAGCUCAAUUUCCGCAAAGAAAAGCUGGCGUUAAAACAGAACACUCUGAAAAACCAAAUGUUGGUGAUAAAUUUCUAAACUAUGAGAAUGAACAUGGCUAUAGAAUCCACCAAGAGUUCUUGAUGUCGGACGCUAUAAAGCUAGGCAAUGAAUCAAAGUUGUCUGUUCGAUUAUCAUUAAGUGGCCGCACAUCAGCCGGCAAAAGUGAUGCGGAUUCUUUCACGAAACCUAAAUGUUUGGUUUCCUCUGAACAUCCGUACCCUACCCAAGAACGCUUACAUGGUGAAGAUCCACACAUCUUUGAAACGUUUGGCACAUAUGAAUCUUCAGAACUAUGCAUGUUUGAUACUGGAAUGGAAACCCGAAUUUCACCUAUCGGUCGUGACAGUGCUGGCAAUACACCAUGUCAAACAGGGGAAAGGUUUUCAGACUAUCAAGAAGGUUAUCAGAAAGAGGAACACACAAGCGUGGAACAUUUAAAUGUAUACCAGUCGUUUAAGGAGUCAGAUUUAUCUGAAAAUCUGUCCUCUCUGGAUAGCGACGAUAUGUUUGGUGAUUGAGAUGUCAAAAGCGCUGCUCCCUAUCGAUCAUGUUAACCACUGUUUCGUUUUAAAGUAGACAGUUUGAAGGAAAUGAAAGGCUUCCAGGGCAUCCACCAUACUUGACUGCAAGGUUUUAAUUCGUGUAUAUUGAUUUCAUGUACUUUAAGUUUUCUAUUUAAUGUUUACUUGGUGACAUAUCACUCAGCAUGCUGCGUGUUAUCUCAUAUCUUCAUAGCUUUCAUGAAUGUUUUUAAAUGGAAAUAUAGUUCAUGUUGUUGC